UAUAUCCCGGAUCUGAAUACCUAUAUACAAUACGUAGACUAUAUAGAUAUACGGCUCUGUGACAGUUCCAUGCCCCGCGUCGAUGAUGCAUUAAUGAUAUGGUGUGAUAGGUAUAUUGAACAGGUAAGAAUCAAUAAGUAGCUGAAUAACGACAGGGCACCUCUGUUAAGGACAACAAUACAUUUCAGAACAAGUCCCACGUGGUAUCAAACCUCAGUCACCUGAAACAAUGAGAAGGUCAACAAUCACAGGACUAAUACCAGAUACCUACAUGUGAAGUGGUCAUGCAGAAAGCUUUAUUGUGGACAUAGGAGGAUUCGUGUUCCUUGUCAUUCAAAAUAUCAGCAGCCAUUUUGAAUUUGGACAAAUUGUCAAAGAUAAACACAUACCUGGUUGUCGACUUCGAUAUCCCAACUGUCCCUGACAGAACUAGUAUAUACGGCUGCUGGAACUACCUAAACAGGUGUCAUGGCGCUCAUAGAUGAGACAUUUGAGGGACUCGCGGAGGAGCAAAUUGAGGAAUACCGGAUGGCAUUCCGUGUGUUCGAUAAGGAUGGAGACGGAACAGUGUCCGCGACAGAACUGGGAACUGUAAUGAGAUCCCUAGGGGAGAACCCUACCGAGGAGGAACUAGAGGCGCUGGUCCUGGAAGUGGACACAGACGGUAACGGAACAAUUGAGUUCGAUGAAUUCGUGAGGAUGAUGAAGAAAAAAGAUGCAAACAAAGGAAGUCCAGAAGAAAUAUUUGAAGCGUUCAGAGUAUUUGACCGCGAGGACAGAGGUUACAUCACUGUCGAUGAGUUACGUCACAUCAUGACAAACCUUGGUGACAAGCUCCCGGAUGAGGAAGUUGAUGAAAUGAUACAACUUGCUGAUAUAGAUGGCGACGGAACUGUUGAAUAUGAAGAAUUCGUUAAGAUGUUAGCGAACCCUGAAGGAGUCAAAGACCCAGAUUGUGAUCAACAAGAACAAGUGGCGGUAUAGACAUUGAUAUUAUAGUCAUCAAAAAUAAAAUAAAAUGCCAGGGAUUUAGAAAAGUCACAAUACAUAUCCUCGGCAUCAUAUACCGUGGUGUUCAUAUGUAUAACAAUACUUGUCUGCCUAUGUAUUGUUACGGCCUACUGUAAGAUAUUGUUUGUACAAUGUAUAUUGAUUUCAUACGAAAGGUAUAUGUCUAUCAGAUGCAAUUUUAUUAACGUAUGUAUGUUCGUUGCAUGUCGAUCAGCUGUAUACAUACCAGACAAAACAGCGUUCAUACAGGUAUGAAUACAUGUGCUGAACAUAUCGGUAUGAUCGUAAAGCUAUAAAUUCAUAAUGCCACCAUGUCGCUUGAAGGCCCGCUUACAGUUAUGAAAAACUAAUAUGUAUUUUUCAAUGAGACGCUUGGUGGAACGCUUUUAUUAAGAAAGUGAAACGCUUUCAACAAAUCGUUCAGGUGAAUAUGACUGCUGAGGUCAUAUGCCUUUAAUACAGAUUAUUGACAUUACACACAAAAGAACUCCAACGGUUAUGGAAUGCGUUUAAUUCGAUAAAUGAUGACCACAUUUAAGACUAUAAAAACAGAAUUUUAUGAUGUGUUUUAAUAGCUAUGCUGGUAUGGACUGCCGUUAAUUGCUUACAUAUUACGAUGUUACGACAAAGUGCUUCAUUGAAUAUAAAUGAAAGCCACCAUCACAGUUAUACUGGUAGGGUGUUUGGGGUUAAAAUUUGCAAUCGAUAGAUCCAACGGUAAACUAUACAAUGUCUAAUACCAACUUUUGAGCUGUCUCUUCCUGGUUUCAGCUCCAUUCAUUUUCCACAAAAAGAAAUUUCUCAACUCAAAAUUUUCUUUGGGAAUGUAUCACAGAGUGUAAUGAAAGUUCCCCAAGACAGACUUUUCCCUAUGAAAUCCAAUAAUUCAUCCUAUGGAAAGGUUUAAGCUUAGGGAUUUCCUUAAGUGAAUGAAGAUUGAUGAAAUAAGGGCCAGAUGAAUUAUUUCAGUGAACAAUAUUUCUCUUCUUGGCCUGGCAGGCUUACUUUGAAAUGCUACCUGACCGGUUAUAUUUAUUACCAUAUCAUAUCCAACGACAUUCCCCUCAGACGGUUGGUUUCCUUUCACUAGUUCUAGAGGCGUCCAGAGUUAUGAUAUCAUUGCGUCAUCACAGAGCAUUCAUGAAUAGAAACGUACAUCAGAUAUGAAUCAAAAGUCUAGACCUGGGGUUUGUCGCAAGGAUGCGAUAUCAAAUGACCUUUAAGAUCGUAAUCAGGGUCACAUGGCUCAAUAUAUUGUCAUCGGUAUCAUUGUAGAACCCAAUUUCAUAAUCAAAUACAUUUAUAUCUUUUAUAGAUGGUAGCAAAAGUCAGCAGAAUGCACAGGGUUUGUCUGAUUGAUAAAUUAUCGUUCAUGAAUAAGACUAUGUUAUGCCAUUUAUCUGACCCGCAUCUGUAUCUCGCAGGGGAACCUUGUAACGGUAGAAUUGAGACAAAAUCAUUAUUUCAAGUCAUAUUUGUUUUUAAACACAUUUCUCGUAUCUUUUAUGAACAUUGUAAUUUAAAUAAACUCAUGAAAGAAAGACUGGCAUUAUAAUAAACAAAAAUGAAGUAAGAUAUCAACGGAUUAGAUGUUUGCUCUUUAUUGUAUUUAUAUUGUGCAAGACCUCACUAUUCACAUUCUUUAAUGCUGCACUUUUUAUAUGAUUUUCAUGAAAAUUUAAGCAUUACAACAUUAUUUAUCAUCCCUACCUGAUUUAAAGAUAAUAUGUCCUUUAAUUAUUGAUUGAAAAAUGAGACAAUGACAAGAAUUAAAAUCCAUUGAUAAAAGCCA